UGCCUCAGGCAGUAUCCUGAAAUUGAUUCUGUAUUGAGAAAUAGUAAUUAGUCGCUGAGCAUCACUCUGCAUCACCUAGACCAUCUCAGCACCAAGGAGCCUGUCUGUCUGUCUGCUGGUCACUCUGUUUGACCGCUCGCUCGCUGGGAUGGAGAAGAGACUGGUGGUCACCCUUCUGCUCGCAGGGCUCUGUGCAGCUGCUUCCUGCCACACCAGAAAAUACCAUUUAGUGCAAACUAAAAAGAACUGGACUGAGGCAAGGAGCUACUGCAGAGAGAAGCACACUGACCUGGUGACUGUGCACAGCCCGGAAGAACAGCAGCAGCUUCAGAAUAUUGUGAAGAAUGAGGCCAGCGAUUUCAAGAAGGAGACUAACAACCGUUUCUGGAUCGGGCUGUAUCGGGACAGUGAGAACUGGCAGUGGUCCACUGGAGAUGCGGUCAACUACACUAACUGGACGGCUGGUACUGACGGACUGUUCUGUGCUACAGCCGAUGCAGGAGGCAGCUGGGGCCAGUCAGUCUGCCAUGAUCAGAAACCUUUCAUGUGCUACAACGAAACCAGCAACAUCACUGAGAGAUACACCCUGAUUAGCACACUGAAAACCUGGCCUGACGCUCAGCAGUACUGUAGACAACACCACACUGACCUGGUCAGUAUAAAGAGUGCCAGUGAAAAUGAAGACAUGAAGAAGAAAGCUCCGGCCAGUCCCUUCUGGAUCGGUCUGUUCAAUAACCCGUGGAAGUGGACUGACGGGGGGAACUCAACAUUUCAAAACUGGGACAUUGGGGAGCCAGACAAUAUGUUAGGCAAUGAAAACUGUACAAUGAUGUACCACACCCAGGGCCAAUGGAGGGAUGCUCCUUGCAGCCAGCGGUACUUCUUCUUCUGCUAUGAAGGAACAUUCAGCCACUGUUCUGAAUGCCAUGGAAACGCAGUCUGCCAACCUUCUUCAAAAUCUGUGCAGUGCGUCUGCGCUGAAGGGUUUGUGGGAGACGGCUUCUCCUGCUACAACAGGACUGAGUGCAAUGAAACCACCGACUGCUGUCCUCAUGGCUUCCAGUGGUCCAACGAACACGGGUGCACUGACAUUGAUGAAUGCGCGGCAGAUGGGGACCUCAAUGACUGCCCCCCGCAGUCCAGCUGUGUGAACACUAUCGGAUCCUUUCACUGUCUGUUAGAUCAUAUUUCUAAACGCAGUUCUCGGUCUGUAUCAUUCAGCUGUAUAAACCAGCCAUGCCCCUCAGGCCAGGACUGCAUUACAGAUAGCUGUGCUGACCCUUGCCAACAGUACAAAGUCCUGGAUGAACCGUGGCGUUCCACUAAUUUUCCAAUAGCUCCAUCGUCAGAUCGAAAAUGUGAUAGUGGUUUGUUUGGAUGGUAUCGCUUUUUAGUGAAUGAUAGCGUGAGAAUGCCAGAAAAGUGUGUUCCAGACUACAGCUGUGGAACUGAUGCAACCCUGUGGAUCACUGGUGCUCACCCUGUGGAAACGGAUGGAAUAGUUAGUCGCACGGCUUGUGCUGGAUGGCAAUUAAACUGCUGUCAUUCUUCAAUCACAGUUCAUAUCAAAGCAUGUCCAGGCAACUACCACGUUUACAAAUAUCAAGGAGUUCCUUGGUGCUACCACGUUUACUGUGCAGAAUAUAACCCAACAAUCACAGCACUGCAAACUGUACCACUGAGCUGUUUAAACCAGCCGUGUCUAUCAGGCCAGGACUGCAUUACAGAUAGCUGUGUCGACCCUUGCCAACAGUACAAUGUCCUGGAUGAACCGUGGCGUUCCACUAAUUUUCCAGUAUCUUCAUCGUCAGUUCCAAAAUGUGAUCGUGAUCUGAAUGGAUGGUAUCGCUUUUUAGUGAAUGAAAGCGUGAGAAUGCCGGAAGCGUGUGUUCCAGAAUACAGCUGCGGGACUCACGCACCCAUGUGGAUCAAUGGUACUCACCCUCUGGAAACGGAUGGAAUAGUUAGUCGCCAGUCUUGUGGAAAGUGGAGUUCAAGCUGCUGCUAUUUUAAAACCACAGUUCAUAUCAAGGCAUGUCCAGGCAAUUACCACGUUUACAAAUUUCAAGGAACUCCUGGGUGCAACCUAGCUUACUGCACAGAAUCAAAUCUCAUAACCAAAGCACCGGAAUCAACCACAGAGCAACCAACUGAAACCACAGAACGACCAUCUGAAACCACAGAACGAUCCACUGAAACCACAGAACGACCAUCUGAAACCACAGAACGAUCCACUGAAACCACAGAACGAUCCACUGAAACCACAGAACGAUCCACUGAAACCACAGAACGACCAUCUGAAACCACAGAACGAUCCACUGAAACCACAGAACGAUCCACUGAAACCACAGAACGACCAACUGAAACCACAGAACGACCAACUGAAACCACAGAACGAUCCACUGAAACCACAGAACGACCAACUGAAACCACAGAACGAUCCACUGAAACCACAGAACGACCAACUGAAACCACAGAACGACCAACUGAAACCACAGAACGAUCCACUGAAACCACAGAGCAAUCCACUGAAACCACAGAACGACCAACUGAAACCACCGAACGAUCCACUGAAACCCAGACCUCUCCAGAAUCAGAAUCAAGUCCCGCAGCCAAAGCUCCAGGAACUACAGAACCAUCGACUGGAACCCAGACCUCUCCUGAACCAGGAAAACGCAGGCAGGUGGUGAGGAUUGAGAUAAAUGCAGCAGAGGGAUUGGACCCUGAAGACCCAAAGAUCACAGAUGCCAUUUUAGCUCAGCUUCAAGAGCGCUUACCAAAAGGCAUGACGCUGCGCUGGAGAAAGAAAGACGGGAAGAUUUUCCACAAGCAGGAAGAGGAGGAGGAGGAGAUGGAGAUGGAGACGUGCUCCAAACCCUGAGAUAGCACAGCCUGGCCAGCACCCCAAAUUCACUGACCUGCUUUUAGAUUAUUAACCUUUACUUUCCAUCUACAUUAUCUGAAUGAUUAAUUGUGUACCUCUUUAAAUGAUAUCAGAUGUGUGUUCUAGCAUUCUCUAUUGCUGUUUCUGCUUAGAUCCAUUCAUAACCACCAAACACUCAACAGUGCUGAACUAUCAAUCACAAACAUUUUCAUGACCCCUAGUGGUCAUUUCAAACAACUGCAGAGAUUAAUUCAUUCAGCUGUCAAGAGUCGGAUGAGCAGCAGCCUCUGUGGUUGAUAAAGGCCAUCAGUUCAGUAAGCCUGGUAAAGAACGAUCCAAGCAGAAAUAGCAAAAGAGGAUUUUACAAAACAAAUGUAAUAGGAUAGAACAGUAUCUCAUUAUUAUUAUUAUUAUUAUUAUUAUUAUUAUUAUUAA